AUGGGAUUAAAACUAAAAAGUCAAAUUAAAAUAAAUGACUAUAAAUUUGGCGAAUGUUUAGGAAAAGGUGCCUCUGGUUCUGUAUAUAAAGCUUUAAAUUGGGAAACGGGUGAAUUCGUAGCUAUCAAACAAGUGAAAGUUACCGACAUGCGUAAAUCCGAAUUAAACUUUAUAAUGACUGAAAUUGACUUAUUGCAAAAUUUAAAAUAUGGAAAAUUUCCAGAAAAUCUAGUGGCAGUUUAUAUUAGUCAAGUUUUAGAGGGAUUAUUAUAUCUUCAUGAUCAAGGAGUUAUACAUCGAGAUAUUAAAGGAGCUAAUAUAUUAUUAACCAAAAAAAAUUUAGUUAAAUUAGCGGAUUUUGGGGUAGCCACGAAAAUUAAUAAUAGUGUGGAAUCAGAUGUCGUAGGUACACCAUAUUGGAUGGCUCCAGAAAUAGUGGAAUUAACCGGGGCCACUACAUCAUCAGAUAUUUGGAGUGUAGGAUGUACAGUGAUUGAAUUAUUAGAAGGAGGGAAACCACCUUAUCAUGGUAUGCCGGAUAUGACUGCAUUAUAUCAUAUUGUGAAUGAUGAUUGUCCUCCAUUACCGGAAAGUGCUUCACCGAUUGUAGAAGAUUUUUUAAUGCAAUGUUUUCAAAAGGAUUGUAAUCUCAGAGUUUCCGCUAGAAAAUUAUUAAAACAUCCUUGGGUAUCAAAUAAUAUACAAAAAUGGAAUGAAGCUAUAAAAUGUUCACCAGUAAUAAUAGCGCAUAAUAGGAGGAGAAUUGUUAAUUUGGAACCCGAAGAUGAUGAUGGAAAUAAUUGGGAUGAUGAUUUUGUUGAUUCAAUCCCAUUUUCGAAAAUUGAGGAACAUAAAUUGGUAAAACAACAUACUCGUGCUCAUAGUGCAAAUUAUGCUCAAGAUCCUUCUAAUCCAGCAUUACAAAAUGGAGGAGAAAAGAAACAAAUGCCUCCUUUACCUAAACUUAAAAAUGUUUCUUCUACCGUAUCCGCUUCAACUGUUAUUAGAAGAAGACCUAUCCCUUUACCACCAUCAUCAUUAUCACCACAAUUAAAUACUCGAUAUUCAAAUAAUAGUUGGUUAGGUGAUGAUAUUAGUGAUGAAGAUGAUCCAUUUACUGAAAUGGAAGAAAAAUUUGAUGAAUUGGAUUUAAAUGUUCAUAUCGCUAAAGAUAAAUUCGCUCAUGCUUGUAAUCGAAUGGAAGAACUUUUAAGUACUUUACAACCAACUGAAAAUGAUGAAGAUCGAUUAAUUCAUUCUUGUAAUCAAAUAAUUUAUUUAUUAGAUGAACAUCAUGAUCUUAAAAAUCAUUUCAUAAUCUUUCAUGGUGUAAUUCCUAUAAUGGAAAUGUUAGAAAUGUGUUGUGAUAAUAAUUUACUUUCAAGAUUAUUAAAAAUUGUUAAUAUUAUUAUUACUGAUAAUAUUAAUUUACAAGAAAAAUUAUGUUUGGUUGGAGGAAUUCCUAUUAUUAUGAAUUUCACUUCAAAAAUUUAUCCUUAUGAAAUUAGAGUUGAAUCCGCUAAAUUUAUUGGUCAAAUUUGUCAAACUUCUCCAAUAAUUUUACAAAUGUUUAUCUCUUGUAGAGGAUUAAAAGUUUUGGUGGAAUUUUUACAAGGGGAUUAUAAUGAACAAAAAGAACUUAUCUUAAUUGCUAUUAAUGGAAUUUCCGGUGUAUUCGAAUUACAAAGUCGAACCCCGAAAAAUGAUUUUUGUCGAUUAUUAGCUAAAAAUGGUUUAUUGGAUCCAUUGGCUAUAACUUUACAUAAUAUUAUAGAAGAUGAAGAUGAUCCGGAUAUUAAAAUUUAUAUUAAAACCAUAAUUAAUAUCUUUUUAUUCUUUUCACAAGGUGAUGCUUACGUUAAAGAAGUUAUGGCAACUCGUACGAGGGUGGUCACGAGAAUAUUUGAAGAAUUAGAUAAAUUACCACAAGAUUUAAUGGUAAUGAUGUUAAAAUGUAUAAAGAAUAUUUCAAUGAAUCCAAAUACUUUAGAAGCAUUACAAAAAGCCAAAGCGAUUCAAGUACUUACAUCAAUAAUGGAUAAACAACAAGGUCCACCAUAUAUAACGGAAAUAUCAAAUCAAGUAUUAAAUACGAUGUAUAAUUUAUGUAAAAUAGAUAAAUCACGUCAAGAGGAAGCUGCCAAAGCAGGAAUUAUACCACAUUUAAAAUAUUUUGCAUCAAGUAAAACACCAUUAAAACAAUUCGCUUUACCAAUUUUAUGUGAUAUGGCACAUAAAGGUCAAAUUUGUAGAGAAUUAUUAUGGGAAAAUAAUAUAUUAGAAUUAUAUCUUAAUUUAUUGGUUGAUCCAUUUUGGCAAGUUAAUGCAUUAAAAGCAAUUUUAAUAUGGUUUCAAGAAGAAACGGAUAAACUUAAAGAAGUAUUAUUGGAACCGAAGAAUAUUAAUUUCAUUUUAGAAUCAUUCAUUACUGCCAAAGCGAUAUCAUUUGAAAACAUUUUAGGACCAUUACAUCACUUAAUACAAAUAUCUAAAGAAGUGACAUGUUCAUUAGCUCAACCGAAUUUAUUUAAAAGAUUAUUAAAAAGAUUAAAACAUCCAAAACCUGUGGUAAGAUUAAAUUUAUUAAGAAUAUUAAAAUCGGUAUGUGACGCACAUCCGGAACCCAUGGGAAUUAUUGAAGGAUAUGGAUUAUUUGAAAUUAUUUAUCAAAUGAGUAAAGAGGAUCCAGCAGUUUUAAUAAAAGAAUUAGCCAAAGAAAUUUUAUCACAAGGAUAUUUUAGUCCUAGAAGUAAAAGUCCUAGAGAUGAAAGAAAUUUUUCAUCACCGAUUUCUUCGACAUCAUUAUCACCAAUAACAUCGUUAUCACCAAUAUUUACACCACCAUCCACUCCACCACCGACCACAAUGAUAUCUACAUUGUCUAAAGCAUUAUCAACACUUUCAACCCAACCACCACCAAACAAACCACUACCAUCCACACCAUUAAUCACAACACCAACCAGUCCAUCUUCACCGACCGAAUUGUCAUCUUCACCACCCCCACUUCCACCACCUAAAACUGAAUUAUCAUCUUUAUUUAAUCAUCACUUUCAUCAACAACAAAAUAAUCGAAUUCAUAAACGUAAAAUAUCAUGGACACCAUCAAUAUAUGCAGUUUAUCAUAAAUCAUCAUCAAAUACAUCUUUAGAAACACCCAUACCGAUAUCUAGUUCACCCAACACACCUAAUGCACUCAAUAGAGUUUCUACCAAAGAUUCGGGAAAAGGAUUAAUUAAAUCUAAAUCAUUAAAAAGUAGUUCCGGAAGUAAAUUUAGAGAAGUUGUGAUAACUGAUAAAAAAAAAAGAGGUUCUUCGGUUUCUAAUAUUUCUAAUAAUUCUAAUAAUUCUUUUUAA